CCUACCUCUGACUUCGCAACCUACCGCCAACCUACGAUUUUUCUUCGUUCGUCUGUCGUUUAGGAUGCACCCUGCACUAGUUGCCAUGGCGCGAACAUCGAGGAGCCAGCUCAUCCCAGCCUCGCCAAUUUCGAGAAGCGUGGUGCCCACCCCAACCACCUUUACCAACAUCUCUCUCGUGUGCACGAUGCAGACCACAUCCCUCUCUGCAUUCUCGUCUACCUAAAGAGUACCCGAUAUAGGCAUCGAAUCAUACGUAGCACUUCUCGACUCCAAGUUCGACCAAGGAUGAAGCUACCGAACCUGCUCGCCCUCCCACCUACCAUCCUCCUCUUCUGCGCUGCCCCUCUCGCUGCGGAACCACAAUUGGCACACAACCUUCCGAAGCACAUGAAGUACUUUCCGGAAGAAGAAACACAUGUGAAAAGAAGCCUCGGCGUCCGGGAAAAACUAGAGCGCGGCGAGAAGCCAAUCGGGGUGAAGAAAAUGAGCAUCGACGAGGGCGAAAUGUUCUUCCUGGACAGUUGGAUAUUCGCGUCCGACAUGCAAGAAUCAGAAGAGCCUGUAAACAUUACGGCCCAAGCGUUAUCACCGCUGCGACCGCAUUCCGAGAAGGGACUAUUCGAUUCGCUGCUACGGUUCCGGGCGCGAGAUGCCCUCCUGAAGCGUGGCUUCAGAUGCCCAGAGGGUACGAAUGACUGCUCUUCUAUCGGCGCGCCGAACAGCUGUUGCGGGACCGACCAGAACUGCAUCUCUAUCGAGGAUACGGGCUAUGGCACGGUGGGCUGCUGUCCAAAAGGGCAGACGUGCGCGGGAACGAUAACCUGUGAUACGGAGAAUGGGUAUACAGAUUGCCCUGACAGCCUAAACGGAGGGUGCUGCCUACCAGGAUAUAGCUGUCAGGAUGUGGGAUGCGUCAUAGCAGGAACAUCGGUCACCUUCGUCCAGCCCCCUACCUCCGCAACUCUCAGCUCCUCUACCUCGACGGCGGUAGUCGUGGUCCCUACAACACCGUCCUCCGCGCCGUCCGCGUCGCGGACCUGUCCCGCAAGCUGGAUCUCCUGCCCAUCAAGCUUGGGGGGCGGCUGCUGCCAAUCUGGCCUUACAUGUGCAACCGGCGCAACCUGUCUCGGCGGGGACUCAAGUAGCAGCAUCGCUCCCUCUGCACCCGUCCGUCCUACUAGCAACUCCGCCGUGCCCUCGAACCAGCCCAUCUCUUCCUUCCCCGGAGAGUCCAUCUGUCCAGUCGGCUUUUAUGUCUGCAGCGCAUACUAUCCUUCCGGAUGCUGUAGGAUUGGGAGGGAUUGUCAAACCAUAGGGACUUGUAUUAUGACGUCCAGCGCCACAAUUAUCAAUACGAAUGGUGUGACCAUUGUAGCGCCCAACGGUGCGAGCAUGGCGACUACGGCAGCACCGCAAGGCGGGUCGUGUCCAAGUGCCUGGUAUAGUUGUGCUGCGAAUCGGGGCGGUAAUUGUUGUCCAAAUGGCUACAGUUGCGGAGAGCAAUGCACCACCAUUUCGGGGACGAGUGUCGAAUUGAAGGUAGCUCCAAGCGCAGCUACGAUUCCUUCUACUGCCUCUAUCUGGGUUUGUAUAUCAUUGGCGAUUGCUAUCGGUAUUGCUAUGGUUUCUCUAUGAGAAUGCCGCUUAUACAACGCAUUCCAUCCUAAGCAAACACAGCAUUUCUUCAUAUCAAAUCUCCCCAAUUGCCGGUAUUAUACUGCGCCUAGAUAAUCUGACUCCGGUACCUCC